GUUACAUCACUAUUUGUCUCUGUUGUUUCUCCGUGCCGUUGCAGCCUGUCCGUAUCCGGAAAUCGGAGACUUUAUCCCGUCACACCACGGCCAUCGUUGGACACGAUGAGCUCAGCUCUUUCCGUCCUCUUUGCCCUUUUCCUCAUCCUCCCUAAUGUUCUCUGCACACCAGCAGAUCUCACUUUUAAUGACUGUUUCGACCCUAAUGCCAACGUUUCCGAAAAACUUACUGUCUCUAACGUUUACGCGCAGGUUCUUCAUAACGCCAGCCUGAACAACUACCUUGAUCUCGUCGUCAUUGGCGAGACACCCGUGGAGAUAAUAGGUCGCUCUGACUCGAGUUUGAACCUUGCCACCCUCUUUACAUCGACUUCCAUUCUAACAUUGAGCGCUUGGUCAAGUAGCUCAUACUUAUGCACGAAUAUCCAUCCUCCCGAUUCGGAACUCUCUGCUUCGAACGACACCAACGACGACUAUUAUUGUCCUAUUCCCGCCGGAGCAUUCGCCUUGUCAGCUCAGAUACCAUGGGGAUCAGAUCGCGCUCUCACUACUCUCACUACUCGUUUGAGGGCCGUAGACACUUUCAGUAAUGAAAUGUUGUGCAUCGAAGUCGAAACUACCCCCUUGGAUCCCGACGACGACGAGCCCUAUGGCGCGGCCGUGACCAUAUUCUGGGGGACUGUUGCUUUGGCUAUUGCCUAUUGGGUCGUCGUUGGGAUAGCACGAAUUGUUUCUGCUUGGAACCGUGGUAUCAGCAGGCCAGGAAAGGGUUUAUGGGAGCGAGUGCAAAGCGCCGGUUUUAUAUUGGCUAGUGCGAUGAGUGGAGAGCGCUUCGCGACAUCGCCUGCCCUGUUGAGAUUCAGUACUCCCUCCAUGCGAGAUAUCAUCUUCCAUACGCAAUGGUGCUCCGUCUUGGCCAUGGUCGCCGUGCAAUGGCCGGCUUUCGUGUAUCCUCUCUUGACUCAGACGGCUUGGGCUACCCUAUCAUACAACAUAACACUCACUUCCGGUUCUGAUCACCAUUGGGACCCUUUGUCGACGGCACCAUAUGAUCCGCCUUCCUCCUUCCAGGCUCAGAUGUCGGAUUCUUCCAAUAACCUGUAUAUCGAUUCCUCUAUCCCUAAUGUCCUGUUCAUGCUGCCGGCAAAUGCUAGUACUGGCAUGGAGGCAUUUGCCUACUCAGUGGGCGUACGUCCCCAAGACCUUUUUGGGAUCUGUCUCAUUCUCUUCCUCGGCAUUGCCGCGGCUGCUGUCGCGCUUUCAGCUCUCCUGUGGUUUAUCGACUAUCUUGCCGGGUUCUUGGGCGGAGCCUUAGGAUCGUCUCACUCCGGGAUGAAACAUCUUGGUGGUACCCGGAGUCCAGCAUUUGGCAGCAAAGACAUGCUGGACAGUAGUGCUGUUGCCAAUGCCACCGCAGAAGAGAACCGGUCACUGAAUGGCAAGGAUACAUUAGGGAUAAUCAGACCACCAUCUCGAUACACCCUUGGAUCUACCGGGGCUACCGGAUUAUCUUCUCGUAAACCUUGGUGGAGAAUUCGAACGAGUUUGAGUUCUUUUCACGGCAGCGUUCUCCAUGGCAAUCUCGUCCGGAUACUCAUCCUUUUCCAUCUUCCUGUUACGAUAUUCUCUGUCUAUCAGAUGACGUUGCCUCGAUCAAGGGCCUCUAUGGCUUCCAUCGUUCUAGCAGGAUUGUCAUUUGCUGUCCUUUCCGUUUUGAUACCUACAAUAUUAGUGAUCCGGGUGCGGAUGACAACGACGAGCAAACUUUAUGAUGAGACCAGGACUUUAUUAUCUCUUGGUCCAUUGUACAACCACUACCGACAUGGUUCCCAGAUGUUUGCCGGUCUAUUUUUUGCGACUAAUGUUGCGUUUGGCCUAACUAUCGGCGCGGGUCAACACAGCGGUACUGCACAGGCCAUUGUUAUCCUCGUCGUGGAAGUUGUAUCGGCAUUGGUGACGAGUAUUUGGUUACCCUGGGGAAAUGGCGCCAGCAUGGGGCUGAUCAGCUUCCUCUUCUGCGUCGGAAGGAUUGUAGUGGCUGUCUUGAUGCUUAUUUUGACCCCUGCUCUUUCGAUUGGUGCCGGUCCCGGUGGUUGGGUAGCCUAUGGCGUCUUAGUCAUACUGGCCCUUGUGUAUCUGGCGCUACUCCUCAUGCUUGUCGUCAAGCUCGUGGAAGCACUGGUUCGAAUUGUUGGUCGGGUGGGCUUCGAGCGAAGCAGUCACGUUGUGGAUAGUGGUCUUCUUGGAGCAUGCGGCUUAGCAGGGUGCUGUGGAUCAAGGAAGCGACGAAGAUAUCGCCGCUCCAACGACAAGAAGCCGCAAGGUGGAAAGGUACAACCGAGAUAUGAUAAUGUGGACUCCAAGCAUGUCCACAAGCGCGAUUCGGAUAUAUCGUCAUAUCUGCCCCCUGGCUCUCUGGGGACUCCGGUUGGCGGAAAGGGUUCUGUCAGUUCAGGCCCUCCACCCUCGGUAUUGAAACCAGAACACGCGCUUAGACCCUAUCGAGAAGAGAGUGACGACGAAAAUGGCUACAUCAUGGGGGCAUGGCAGCCGUUCCAGACAAAAGCUUCCGGAUACAUUCCCGUUACCGAUACUCCUACAAAACCUCCUCCUCCCACCUCAUCUGGGUUCUCACGUGUGGGCGGUGGGCGUGCUCAUAUCGAUUCUCCUUAUGCGAUCGCUGCGGGCUCUACUACAAUUAAUGCGGGUUCAACACAGACAUUCCCAUCUAUCGCUCAACAGGUAUCGCAGCCUAAUGCGAGUUCCGGAUCAUUGAAACGCCUGGAAGAUGAAGAGGACACACCUUCUUUGUCUGCGAACACGGCUAUACGGCAACAACAAGAGUAUCACGCACGCACAGGUUCUCUACCGCCUGGAGCCAUGCCUCCCUUCCAUGUUCGAACAAAAUCACAAACGGCAAUCAUUGAGCAUGCUGAGGGAGCCAGCCAAGCAGGCCCUUCAUACCCCACAGGAUCUACAAUACGGCCAGUCAGAGACCCCACACCACCGCCCACAGCAUUCAAUCUCAGGCACUCAAACCCUAACCCGACUACUGAUGAUGACGGGUCAGAUACUGAUGUACCAAAGAAGAAACCGUGGUAUCACUUGCGGCGGCAUCGGCCGCAUAGCAGUGAAGGUACGAGUUCUACAGCAAAACCCCAGGAUGAAGAAACGCCACCGGAUCUUCCGGCCCCGUCAACCUCAGCGCCUCAGAGAUCAUUCGUGGUCAUACGGAAACCACAGCAGUCACCUGCGAGGUCACAAAAGUUGUCCACGGGAUCUGAACCAGCAAAUCUCUCUCCGUCAGCGGCCGGAGAACCAUCUGCACCAACACGAAGAUCGUACCCUUCUCGUCCUGGGUCGUCAGGGGCUGGUAAUAUGUGAUCCACCUCCUGAUUGGGUUGUUUUGUCUGUUUUAUCAAUUUGCUAUCAUGGACUUAAACCGUGCAUUGGACGCUUGUCAUAUAUCACGUUCAUGACUGUGGAUUCCUUUUUACCUAUGGAAGAUCGGUUUGGAUACUGUUCUUGGGAAUCUAACAGCUACCUUUACAUUUCAACCUAUAAUGAAUACCUAGUGUUGUCCAGUGAUGGAUAUGCAUGAGAUGAUUAUUAGAUACACAGCAAUGUUGUUUAAAUUUUCGAUGCGAGAUAAUACCCACUUCCAAUCAAUCGUCUUCGUCAGAUUCGUCGUCAUCUACGGU